AUGGAUAACCUCUGGGCCCGCCGCACAAACUCCGGCAAGCUCUCCCUCUCGACACCCGGUCAAGGGUCCAGUGGUGAUUCCUUCAGUCGCAAUGCCUCCUUCCCAAAGCGCCAAGGCGGCGAUACCCCGUCCUCGAGCAAACCGAACCCCUUCAACACCACACCUGGAGGCGGCCUGGUCUCCCCCACCAGCGGUGCCUCCAGCGCCUUUGGUCUAGGCUCUGGAGCUUUCGCCUCCUUUGGGUCUGCGAAAACACCCAAGUCCUCGGCCAACCCUUUCGACUCGGCUAUGGGCACCGCGGUUGCAAAGUCUGGCCAGUCCAAGGACUUGUCAAAGGCUGUGGGGAAGGCCCCCAGCAUGGCCUCCAUCUCUGAGGGUAACCAGGCGGCCGCGGCGGCCGUUCCUGUAUCACACCCGCUCAUGGAGCCCUGGACUUUCUGGUACCGACCCCCGAUCUCCAAGGCCCACGGCUUCAUCGAAUACGAGAAGACCCUGCACGAGAUUGCCACUGUGCGGACGGUGGAGGAGUUUUGGGAGAUCUUUUCGUACCUGAAGCGCCCCUCCUCGCUUCCGGUUGUGUCAGACUUUCAUCUCUUCAAGAAGGGCGUCCGCCCAAUCUGGGAGGAUGAUGUGAACAAGAAGGGUGGCAAGUGGGUUGUUCGGAUGAAGAAGGGCGUGGCCGACCGGUACUGGGAAGACCUCAUGCUCUCCCUCAUUGGGGAUCAGUUUGGUGACGCUGGAGAGGAUGUUUGUGGUGCCGUGCUCAGUGUAAGGAACGGAGAGGACAUCCUGAGCAUUUGGACCCGAACGGACGGUGGCCGCGUCAUCAAGAUUCGUGAGACCAUGAAGCACGUCCUCAACUUCCCCCCCAACACUCGAGUGGAGUUCAAGAGCCAUGACUCUAGUAUUCAGCAACGAACGGCCAUCGAGGAGCAGCGGCGUGAAAAGGCGGGCCAGCACCAUCACCACGAUAAGCGUCACACAGGUGGCGUGUCGAAGCAGCCCUCGGAGCAAUCCUAG